AUGCAGUGCAACUCGGGCCGCACAUUCAAUGAAGAUCUCCAGACCUGCCAAGACGAUUACACGUGCGCCGCCGAGCGAGAGUGCAACAACGGUGACUCGUACUCGUUGAAUUGCCAUACAUUUGCGAAGUGCAACAGUGGAACCUAUGAAUGGUACUCUUGCCCAAAAAUGACAUCGUGGAAUCGUUCGACGCAGACAUGCGAACAAGGCCGUUUCGACGUGCAAGCUGGUCAAUGCGUGACCGAUGGGCGGAUGCAGUGCGGAAAUGGCCACGAAUUGGCAUGCAAGCACGGCUCGUUCCUCGUUCCGCAACCAAACUGCGGCCGUUUCCUCCAAUGCAAAUUCGGGCAAUGGCAAGAAUUUGAAUGCCCUGAUAGUUAUACCUUCUCAAAAACGGCAGCAAAAUGCGUGCCCGGCAGCUGUGAGAACGGCCAAUAUGGGGAUGUGCAAUAUGAGGCCGGGGCGGAUUCAAAUGGGCAGUUUGGAAUCCCGACGAACACCAGCCUCCGGAGCCGCGAGCCAUCCGACGUUUAUCGACAGCCGAUUUCCGGUUCCUAUGGAGUGCCCAGUUUCCCGCAGCCACCAGCUCCUCCUCCAAGCUACGAAACGGCGCAGUGCCGUGACAAGGACCGUGUGGUGGACCCGAUCGACUGUACCCGAUUCCUCGAGUGUACACAGUACGGAAGAUACCGUAUGAUGGAAUGCCCGCCGAGGACGUUCUUUGAUCCAUUCUCGAGAAGCUGUAUUCAGGGAAUCUGCUGGGAAGGCGAGUGGCGCGAGGGGCGAUGCCCGAACAACCAGCCGUUCAUCAAUGGGCGAUGCGACACGGGCAAGGCGUGCCCCGGGUAUACAGACCCAUACACGCAACAGGACUGCCAAUCCGGCCAAGUACGCGCCCAUCCGAACAACAACCGAGCGUAUUGGGUGUGCGAUAUGGGGGGAUGGGUGCAGAGGGAAUGUCCGGAGAAGUCGUACUUUGAUUGGAAGACCUCUCGCUGCGUGUGGGACCAGCAGCUCGUCUACCCGGAACCCCCAGGCGAUUGGUGCUACCAGGGCCAAAAACGUGCGAUCGCUGGCCAGUGCGGACUCUUCGAGCUGUGCUACCAGGGCAAAUGGUACAAGCAGUCCUGCGAAUUCGGCAGCGGAUUCGCGGACGGGCGUUGCAUCCGUGGGCUGUGCGAGGGGAUGACCGUCGGUGGAGAAUGCACCCAACGAGAAGGCGUCGAGAACUAUCGACUUGAUCCGAUGUCCUGCGACCACUAUUACCAGUGCGCACCCUACGGCUGGCAACUAAUGCCAUGCGGCGCCGGGACCGUCUGGAAUCCCGAGAAGACGGUGUGCGACUGGCCUCGCGAAGUACCCUACUGCAAUGCCAAGGGGACAUACGAUUUUUGUUCAUUACAGAUACGCGCUACUGAACCCUACGAAAAGCCGACGCAAGAAUUGCUUGAAUUCUACGCUUUCUUCAAUAAAUUCGUUCUG